GGCGACAAGCUGCGCCGUGUUCGACCACCGUCGUACGCUUCAUCUUUCUGUCACUUCUGCCUGUUCCUGAGCAGAGCGGGCCCGAGACGACUUAUCUCACCGUCUGUGAACUUGCUCUAUCGUCAGAUCGUGACUUGUAGUCACAGCCUAAGCUCGCCGAACGCCCGCCAUAAAGGGCUUGCCGUCCCCACGGACCGCAUACACCUUCACUUGGACCGCAGGCACCUUCAGCUUGCGUCUCUCCUCUUGCAAAAGGGUCUCUCUUGUCUUGCACACACACUCGUCAGCCAGCUUCUUAACGAAAUUUAGGCGCUACGUAAGUGUGCGGUCGCACGUCUCGCAACCGUCAGGAUGCCUACCGUAAUGCCCCCCAUGCCCAACAAAGAGGACUCUCAGGCAACAUGGAAGUACCUCGAGGUUGGCGUGGAGAAGAUCAUGAUGGAGCUGCAGGAGGGCAUGGAUAUGAAAACCUACAUGGGCUUGUACACUGCCAUCCAUAACUUCUGCACGGCGCAAAAGGGUGUUUCCUCCGGAGGCUUUUCCUCACACAACAGAGGCGGAGCUCAUCUCCUCGGCGAGGACCUCUACAACCACCUGAUCGCUUACCUACAGAACCACCUGCACAGCGUGCAGGCCAAGUCGACCGGGCACAUGGAUGAGGCGCUUCUCAAAUUCUACAUCAAGGAAUGGAAGCGGUACACCACGGCUGCCACGUACAACAACCACUUGUUUCGGUACUUGAACCGCCACUGGGUGAAACGGGAGAUGGACGAGGGCAAGAAGAACAUCUACGACAUCUAUACUCUGCACCUAGUAAGAUGGAAGGAGGACAUGUUCAUGGCCACCCACGAAAAUGUGAUGACUGCCGUGCUUCGACUUGUCGAACGACAACGCAAUGGUGAGACGAUCGAGCAAGGGCAGAUCAAGUCUGUGGUCGAUUCGUUUGUUUCUCUUGGUCUAGAUGACUCGGACUCCACCAAACGUACCCUUGACGUGUAUAAACAGUACUUUGAGCAACCAUUCCUAGAAGCAACCAAGGCCUACUACGCCCGAGAGUCUAAGCAGUUCUUGGCAGAGAAUUCGGUCGUGGAGUACAUGAAGAAGGCCGAGGAACGAUUGGACGAAGAGAAGCAGCGCGUUGAGAUGUAUCUGCUUAGUGAGAUCCUCGGCCCGCUCAACCGCACGUGUGAAGAGGCAUUGAUCAAGGAGCAUUCGCUCAUUCUACGGGAAGAGUUCCAGGCUUUGCUCGAUAAUGACCGCGUUGAAGAUCUCGGUCGCAUGUAUAAGCUUCUGUCACGAAUACCGGAAGGUCUCGAUCCGCUUCGCGCCCGCUUCGAGACGCACGUCCGCAAGUGCGGUCUUGCGGCGGUUGAGAGGAUUGCCGUGGACGGCGAUGACCUGGACCCCAAGGUCUACGUACAAGCUCUAUUGGAAGUUCAUACCAAGUACCAGGAUCUAGUGAAUACUGCCUUUGCGGGGGAGUCUGAGUUCGUACGAUCUCUUGACAAUGCCUGUAGAGAGUUUGUAAACCGCAACAAGGUUUGCAAGACCGGUUCGUCGCGAUCUCCAGAACUACUUGCCAAAUAUGCCGAUCGUCUCCUCAAAAAGUCCGAUCGCACCAUGUCCGAGGAAGAUGACAUGGACAAGUCGCAAGUGGAAAUUAUGACCAUAUUCAAGUACAUCGAGGAUAAGGACGUGUUCCAGACAUUCUAUUCGCGAAACCUUGCUAAGCGCCUUGUCAACACAAUAUCCGCUUCAGAUGACGCCGAGACAAGCAUGAUCUCGCGUCUGAAGGAGGCCUGCGGCUUCGAGUACACGAACAAGCUUCAGCGCAUGUUCCAAGACAUUCAGACGUCGAAAGAUCUCAAUGCUUCCUACAAGGACUGGUGCAACAAGACCUUUGAUGAGGCUGAAAUCAAGGGUUUCGUCGAUGCAUCUUACCACAUCCUUGGAACUGGUUUCUGGCCUCUCAACCCCCCGGCAACUCCGUUUAUUCCACCAGAGGUUCUUCAGAAGACAAUGGAGCGUUUCUCCAUGUUCUACAAUGAGAAGCAUCAAGGUCGCAAGCUCAACUGGCUGUGGCAGCUGUCCAAGGGUGAGAUCAGAGCGAAUUAUACCAAGUCUGCGCAGAAGAUUCCGCACACAUUCCUUGUCUCCACCUAUCAGAUGGCUAUACUUCUUGCCUUCAACGACGGUGAUACACAAAGCUAUCAACAACUUGCCGAAGUCACCAAACUGAACAAGGAAACUCUUGACCCAUGCAUCGGUGUCUUCCUGAAAGCUAAGGUGUUGACAGCCUCGGACGACCAGAACGCGCCAACGACGACAUUCACACUAAACCCGGGCUUUAAAAAUAAGAAGCUGAAGGUCAACUUGAAUAUCGGGAUCAAGUCCGAAAAGAAGGCUGAAGUUGAAGAGACACACAAGACCAUUGAGGAGGAUCGCAAGAUGUUGAUUCAGUCCGCUAUCGUACGUAUCAUGAAAUCGCGGAAGCGCAUGAAGCACACACUUCUCGUUACCGAGACCAUCCAGCUUAUCAAGAGCCGGUUCACUCCAAAGGUCGGAGACAUUAAGAAGUGUAUUGACAUGCUUAUUGAGAAGGAAUAUCUGGAGCGCUUAGAGGCUGAUGAGAUGGGAUAUGUGGCCUAAAUACUGACACGAACGGAAUUGACUUCACCACGAGCCCAACCGCUCGUUCAUCACCAUGCCUAUGCCUUACCCGUUCGCUAUUUACUGGGUACGAAAAAUCCUUGUCCCAGCCCAUAGGCGUGAGGGAUAUCCGCUUUUCAUUUUGCGCGGUGGGGCAUUGACGCUGUCGUUCUACUAUAUAACGAUCAUAGUUGUUGGGAACGGGACGAAUUGGAACGGGAGGGAAGUGGUAGGCGCACGUAUGCAUAUUAGUUGGACCAGGGUUUCAUCAUCAUCGAUAGAUCAUGAGUAGACAAACAAAAUUUUGUUUUCUGCUG